GAUCCAAACCUCAGUAUUGCGCGAAGAGCUUCAGGCGACAGGCUUGCUGAAAGAGCAGCUUUAAACACUCGUUUCUGAGGGUCUAGAGGAAAUGACCUGAACGUCGCAGCAUUUGCCCUUUUUAUUCAUUCCCAGUGGAGAGUUCUAUUAUGCAGGAAAAAUGCAGUUUUAGGAACGGAACAUCUUGUGAAUCUGUCCGACGCGCCUCCGAAAGAAUCUCGGCUUCCUCGGUUUAGGUUUGACUGAAAGGCUUUGAGCGUUAUUGUGUUGGUAAACAGAAACCUUCUUUUCUUAAAGAGCAUUUGUUCCGUUGUUGGGCAGAUAGAUCCUGCCAGAUGUCGCAACGUGUCGGGGCUAUUUUAGUCCCCAUCAGUUGAUGCGCGAAUCACAAGAGUGAGUGAUGCUCACCUGCGAUCAGAUCGUUAAUCUGAUAAAAACCAUCCGCAACUUUGAGCUCCAUCUUCUGAAACUGAGCAGAUGAGUAAAGAGCGACUGCGUGUUUCAGCACCCGAGCGGCUGGACAGCGCAUGUGGAGAGUUUUUCCUGCAUCUCUACUUUCAGUCCCAUCAAGGCUAAAAUGUCUGCCCUUCGGAAGAAAUUUGGAGGAGGUGACUAUCAGGUGGUGACUACCACGACGUCCAGCCAUCAGAAGGAUAGACGGAAGAAACGGCAGCGUUUCGUUGACAAGAACGGCCGCUGUAAUGUCCAGCAUGGAAACCUGGGUGGAGAGACAAGCAGAUAUCUCUCAGACUUGUUCACAACUUUAGUAGACCUCAAAUGGCGUUGGAACCUUUUCAUAUUCGUUCUCACAUACACAGUGGCUUGGUUAUUCAUGGCCUCAUUGUGGUGGGUCAUCGCAUACAUCAGAGGGGACUUAAAUCGAACCCAUGAUGAGAAAUACACACCGUGUGUGGCCAACGUAUAUAACUUUCCAUCAGCGUUUCUCUUCUUUAUAGAGACAGAGGCCACCAUAGGAUAUGGCCACAGAUACAUCACUGAGAAAUGUCCAGAGGGGAUCAUUCUCUUCCUAUUUCAGUCCAUCCUGGGCUCCAUAGUGGAUGCCUUUUUAAUAGGCUGUAUGUUUAUUAAGAUGUCGCAGCCCAAGAAGAGAGCAGAGACGUUAAUGUUCAGUGAAAAUGCAGCCAUCUCCACGAGGGACGGCAAACUCACACUCAUGUUCAGGGUUGGAAAUCUGCGCAACAGCCACAUGGUUUCAGCUCAGAUCCGCUGUAAAUUACUCAAGUCCCGACAGACGCCCGAGGGUGAGUUCCUCCCGUUGGAUCAGCUGGAGCUGGACGUGGGCUUCAGCACCGGAGCAGAUCAACUCUUUCUGGUGUCACCACUCACCAUCUGUCAUGUGAUCGACACCAAGAGCCCUUUCUAUGAGCUCUCGCAGAGAUCUAUGCAGACCGAGCAGUUUGAAAUAGUUGUGAUAUUGGAGGGUAUAGUCGAAACAACCGGCAUGACUUGUCAAGCACGGACAUCUUACACGGAGGAUGAGGUGCUUUGGGGCCACCGUUUCUUUCCAGUUAUAUCUCUGGAAGAGGGCUUCUUCAAAGUGGAUUAUUCUCAGUUCCACGCUACCUUCGAAGUUCCCACUCCUCCCUACAGUGCCAAGGAGCAAGAUGAGGCCCUGCUCAUGUCCUCUCCGCUCAUGGCCCCAUCUGUGUGCAAUAGUGGGGAGAGAUACAGCUCCCUGGACUGCAUGGAACUGCUUGAAGAUCCAGAGAGCACAAUCAAAUUACCAACUAAGCUCCAGAAGAUGACAGGCAGAGACGGGCUGCCCAGAAAGCUCCUGAGAAUGAGCUCUACCACAUCGGAGAUGACAUAUAGCCUUGGUGAGCUUCCCAUUAAGCUUCAGCGCAUCAGUUCUGUACCGGGAGUCUCGGAGGAGAGCCACGUUACUCAGACAACUAAAAUGACCAAAGAGGCAAUUAGCAAGUCGGUUGCGGACCUCCCACCGAAACUUCAGAGACUGGCUGGAGGAGGAGGCCGUAUGGAUGGACACUUGCCCCCCAAACUCCGAAAAAUGAACUCGGAUCGAUUCGCGUAGAACAUUCAUUGACCUACCAAGCAAUAGUUUGCAUAUGGAAAAUUGCGGAUAAAGACCAAACACAUUUAUUGAUGUUUUAGCACCACUGUUGUGAUCGUGAGUUGUUCGCGUACAUUAGGUAUACUCUGGGCGUUUCGCAAGCGUUUUGUCAGGACCAGGUUAUCUCUUUAAACUGCUGUCAAAAAGGACCCUCUUAUAUUCUGAGAUAUACAGCGUGUGUGAAAAGACAUAUAUGUAUAUGCAAUCCUAAUUAGGUUGGUUAAUGUAAAACAGAACAUCUGUUCCUGUGGCAGGUUCUUGGGUAGUAAACAUGUCUUUGAGUUGUUGUACAAGCACAAUCUGGUACGGAUGACACCCUUAAGUGCAUGUUUAAAUAUCUUUCUCUGAAAGGGACGACAAGCUGUACACUUAAGUAUGCCAAGGAAAUGUAAACUAAGUGUUGUUUCUUCAAGCCAUAUGGUGGGAUAGUGGACGGUGCCAUGGCUCAUUAGGAAUUAUUCAUAAUAUGCUGUGUAUAUUGUGUACCAUAAUGUCUGUGUUCGGAAGAUAAGCGAAGAGAAUAGAGAAGCGCACACUAAACAACUUUAUUUCAGUGAUCCUUUUGCUUUAUUUGUGUAGUUUACAUGCUCAUAUAGAUUUUUUUUUUCUGUGUGCAUGAUGGGUGACUGGUAUUUUAAAGACCAAUAGUACUUUAUAUAUAGAGUAAAACGUGUCACAGUGAGCUGUGCACCAUAGACAACCUUCUCUCAUAGCACAAAUAUGUUAUCUGCCAAUUAGAGUUCAGCCUUUAAACACUGAGAAUCAUCAAUAAAGACUUGACCUCAGAAGCCUAUGUCUAAACUUUACAUUUUUACCGAUGAAAAAUGAAAAUAGAACAGCCGCCCUCAGAACAGUUCUAUAAAAUAUAGAAAUGCAAAAGUUUGUUUACUGGACAU